GUUAUUUAUCUCAGGUGUCAUAUAGGGGCAAAAUGUCAGUAGACACAGAAAGUUCAAGUAUGUCAAGAUUAUUAAAACUUGCUCAUACAUUCAACUGCUUUUACUUGUCAGGCUUAAAUUCGGGACAAUGUAGACCUUUCAUUGUCGAAGGAUUCCAAGUGGGACUAAUCAGACCGGAUGUAAUGAAACAGUUACUUAGAUAUCCGGAGGUGUUUCGAGUGACAUCGGACUACGUCGAAUUAAAUCCGGCAUUUCGCGAUUACGAAGAACGCACCGCUCGGGUCGAUCACGUGCUGCGCGAGUUACGCGGCGAUCACGCCUUCAUCGCCUUAAAGGGUUGGCGAGACGAGUGCUACGAAGUGAAAGUAAAAUUCCACACCGAAAGUCUACUACGUAUGGAUAGAUCGGCGACAUGUUUAUUCGGUAUACGUAAUUAUGGAGUAGACAUAAAUGGUUACGUUAGGCAUCCAAAAUUAGGUUUAUGUAUGUGGUUACAACAACGAUCCAGUACAAAACAAACUUGGCCUGAUAAGUGGGACAAUAUGGUGGGCGGCGGGCUGUCUGUAGGUCACAGUAUUUUAGAAACGGCUCACAAAGAAGCAAUGGAAGAAGCCUCAAUUCCUACAGACUUGCUAAACAAUUUAAUAAGUGCAGGAUGCGUUUCAUUCUAUUUUGAAUCUGAAAGGGGGUUGUUUCCAAACACUGAAUUCGUGUUUGACUUAGAGCUUCCCUUGGAAUUUGUGCCCCAAAAUGCCGAUGGGGAAGUACAAAAGUUUGAACUCUUAACUGCCCAACAAUGCGUCGAACGAAUAUUAAGCCCCGAAUUUAAAACUACUAGCGCUCCUGUUACUUUGGAUUUUCUAAUUAGGCAUGGCUUUAUCUCGGCGGAAAACGAACCGUAUUACAACAUGAUUAUGGAGUUGCUUCACGUUCCACUGCAGAAUAUCUACAAUAACCAAAGCUUUAAAGAAAACGGGCAAGUUAUUACAAAUUCUAAUGUAUAAAAAAUACUUUAAUAGCAAGUUGGAUUUUUGUUGAUUCCAGUUGAAUUUGUGACAAGAAGCCUUAAUCCAUUACUUAAUUUCCUGUUAAAUAUUUUUUAGAAUUUUUUAAUAUAAUUAAAUGUAGUAUUCAAUAAUUUUGUACUUAAUUGCAAAUAUUUUAAAUUUUUUAUUGGUAUUUUGUACGGAAGGUGUGAACAGUGAAGUUUCAAACUGAUUUUUAAAACAGUCAUUCUUCGUUCAUAUUCAGCAAAAUGAUACUCAACGCUAUUUUGUAUUAUGUUAAAAGAAUGUUCUCAGUGACUAUAAUCGUUAUUACAUUUUUAUGCCGCU